GUCCGACGUCCGACUGCUCCUCGGGGAACAGCGUCACCAUCGCGAUGCGACGUUUACAUGGAUAAAUCACCAGCGUUCAACUCCGUCCCGUCUCACAUGCUGAGCUCCCAAACCAUCCCGGAUUAUGCCUGAGACCGACCGCUAGCCGGGGCUGUUUUUGUGGGGUUCUGCCGAAGAACUCCGWAGCUGUUUACCAAGACGUCCGGCUCCACACAAUUAAACGAUGGAAAUGGUCUUUCCGACGGGCAAAAUGUCCCCCAUUUCGGUGACUUUGGCGCUGCUCGCCGUCGUCUCCUGCACUUCUCCGGUCAGCGGGAACGAGGACUGUCUGUGGUACGUGGAUAAAAAUGGCACCUGGCACAACGGCUUCGACUGUCCUCUCAUCUCAUCCUGCUGCGGCAACUGCCACCGGCGCUACUGCUGCAUGGAUCCCUUCAAGAUGAUCACGGAGAGGGAACAGAAGCGCUGCAUGCUGUUCCAGUUCAGUCCCAGCACUUUAAUCGGCAUCGCGUCGUCCAUUCUGCUGUUCGUGGCCAUCAUUGCCACCAUGGUUUGCUGCUUCAUGUGCUCUUGUUGUUACCUCUACCAGAGGAGGCAGCAGAGAGGCAGGACACCAUAUGACGUCCAACACAUCCCCAUGGCCAGCUACCCCGUGGAGCCGAUGCAYGACGCGUUUGGAAAACCUCUUGGACCUUCGGAGUAUCGACAUGCAGGCUACCCUAUGGCACCUCAGUAUCCUGGCAUGCCUGUUCAUUACCCAAUGAUGUAUCCAGGACCUUACCCGUCACAAUCAAUAGAUCCGGCAUACGGCCAAGCCCCGCCACCUUACUCUCCACCUCAGUAUCCUGGUCACUGACGGGCUCAUCUUCACACAAAAGCACAGCCGAGAGAAAUGACUGUUUGGAAAGGAGAAGGCAGUCUAACACACCCGUUAAAAUAAACCUGCAGCUCAACAGGGAGUGGUUUCAAUGCGAAGGAGGAAAGGAGGCACUUUAAUCUUUACUUUGUUUAUUGUUUGUUUGUUUGCAGCGUUGUCCUACGUUUCCAAAGUAGUAAUGUAAGUCGUAUUCAGUUCCGCAACCUGAAUUCGGAUUUCCUUUUGGUGAUUUUUUUUUUUUUUUUUUUUUUUCACGUCAUAGAGGUGGAGAAUCUGUCGAGACAUUUUGAGUUUUGCUCUAAGUGUCACUAGAAGACAGUUUUCCCUGGCUUACAGAAAACCAAAGUUGAAGAACAUGACCUGUGCUGCACUCUUUUAAGUGUUGAAGGGGGAAAAAAAAGUGUAACUUUUCUCAUGUUUGUUAAAUUUAAAGAAACUGCUGUGAUUCUGCUUAACAAGUGUUUUAUCCAGAUCCUGAAGUUUAGCAUCUUUCCAUUUGUGUUUAUGUCUCACUGCACCUGGGGCUGAGGUACAAAAAAAAAAAAAAAAGCAAAUGAGAUGCAUGUUUUGAUGAUAAAUUUUAUUUGAAAAAAAAAAAAACAAAAAAAACUUUCUUUCACCUGUUAGUUCAAACUCAACCUGAUCUGUUUUGAUAUACAAGUCGUGCAAAUAUUUCUGGACAUGUAAGUGACGCCAUCUUAGCAUCAUUGUGCUUCCUCGGUUAGGAUUAGCUUUCCUCCUCAACUGUUUUUUUUUAAUGGUUUAAAAUAAACUUUAAUAUUAGACACACUGCCAGGCAGGAAAACUGCAAAUGUUGCAUUUUUAUUUCCUGUAAAUUAUAUAGUUACGGGAGUUCUACUGCUUGAUUUAAACAGUCUACACUUCACAUUAAUGAAACAUGAAGAAGAAAAAGAGAGAAUAUUCUUGACAUAUUUUGUAAAACUGUUCCUUGGUUUAAUAUUGUAACAAGUUGUUUUAAAACRGUGUAGUGUURUUGUAACAGAGGACUCUUGUUGAGUGUUUGUCAUUACUGARGUUACCUCUUACUGUGAAUGACUCCGUUCCAUCUGGACUCGGCUACAGAGCCAAAAUAAAGUUCUUCCAAGUAGAGAUGCA